UGUUUGCAUUUAGGCAAAACAGAGUCCAUUUUAUUUGGAUCUAAAUCCAAAUUAAGAACUCAACCCUAUAUGAAUAUAACUUGCAAUGGUAAGGUCAUAGAUGCUGUUCAGUCUGUCAAGUAUCUUGGUGCCACUUUGGACCAUAGCUUGGCCGGUUCGUCUAUGGCUAGGUCAGUAAUUAAUAAUGUCAAUGCUAGGUUAAAGUUUUACAGCAUACCACAGCAUACCAGAAAGUUAUUGGUUAGUUACCUUAUUCAGUGUCACUUUGACUAAUGCCUGUUCCUUCUGGACACAAUAUCUGAAAAACAGACUUCAGACAACACAAAAGAAACUGAUAAGAUUUGUUUUGGAUAUGGAUCCAAUAGCUCACAUAGGUCUAGACCAGUUCAGAUAUUUAAAUGGUUGCCAGUUGAAAAAAAGGGUUGACCAAAUUAUAUUGUUUCAUGUCUUUAAGGUAAUACUGGCACCGGAAUAUUUGGGAGAACCCUGUUUACUCCAUGCAUAGCCAUAGCACACGUUUUAGAGUAACUGCCUGUCCCCAGUCUUUUUCAUCUAAGUUAAAUUUUAGUGACAGUGGCAGUUUCUGUAUUCCUACAGUUAAAUGGUUGGUAAGUAGUCUUUUGCAUAUCAGGGCUGUACUCUUUGGAAUAAGUUGCCCCACCAAAUACGCAGCAUUAUUAUUCAACUUUUCAAUAUUACACACUGUUUUAGAUCAAUUGCAAACAUCAUAUGAAACAGACAGAGCUAAUACAAAACAUAACUGAGCCAAUAUGAGAAAAACAGGGCCAAUACGAGAAAAACAGGGCCAAUACGGAAUUUAAGCAUUUUGAUUGGUUCAAAAGAGAGGGCCAAUACGGAGAAGCCACUUCCGUUAGAUUUUUAAAUGACGCCAUUUUGUUUUACAUCAGAGUUAUAGAUUACAUAUUUUUCACAUUUUUACAAAAAAUCAUCCAACAUGUUCAUUUAAUAACCAAGUUUGACUGAGCGAGAUGUACGUCUUCAGAGAUUACAACGAUACUUUUGCUUAUUCGGUAUUGUGUAAAAUGCAGGUGUUUCCUGUCAGAAAUUCAGUUGUCAAGGAAAAUAAUAAGAAAAUAUGGAAACUCAGAUUAAUUAAAAGGAUGAGACUUAUCUUUUACAGACAUUUUGAUAGUGUAGACUAUUUGUGCAAUGAUAAAUAGCGAUUCAAAUGCUGGAAAGUGGAUGAAUAAAUUGGCGAACAAGAGUAUCAGUUGUGAACUGCAAACAAUUUCGGAUAAGAAUUAAACGAGGCAUGGGACUAUAUGAUAUGUGCUUGGUUGGUUGUAUUAUCUUGAUCAACACAUAUGUGUAUAAUUUUGUGUCUCGUUGCUUGCAGCCUAAAAGGAAAUGACUUUUAAAGCAGUUUUUAUCACAGUUCAAAUGAUAAGAUACUCGCUAAAGAAAAUAAAUAGGAAUUCCAAAAAAUAUGAUAAGUUCUGGUUACUCUUGAUUAUGUCGCAUUAAAAAUAUCUCUCAAAAUUAUUCUCAAGUACCUACAUACAACUAAUUCUGUUUUACUGGCGAAAAUGAUCAUGAUUUCUAAAAUACGCCUAAACAACUUGUCAAGAUUUUUCACCUGAACGUGCAUAGCUGUCAUAAGGUAACUCACAGAGUUCUUACGGUGUUACCGUCAACAGUCCAAACUGUACGGCCUCGGUCCAAUACGACAACCCUUGGACAAAUAACAAGGCCAAUACGAAAUUGCUUGAUUAAUAACAUUAUAUUACAGCUUUUAAACAGUUAAAGACACUGUCAAAACUAUGAAGACAACUUCUCUAAAACUUUAUUGUAGGCUUAGGUUUCUAUGUAAUUUCCGAUCCUACAAACUAUGAGAAAUAAAAACUAACUAUAUAAACACACCACAAAGUCGGCACGAUAUAUAUAUUUUUAUAUAUUUAUAAUUAUUUAUAAUUGGGCUAUCCCGAAAUGGACGAUAAAGAAUAUGAUGUUGAUGUUUCAAGAAAAUUUAGAAAGUACAAUAUCGCACCAUAGAUCAUUAAUGCAAGAUCAUAGUUAUAUAUUUUUUAUCUAUCUAACUAAAAGCAACAUUUCAAACGUGCAGUCUCUUUAUCAAAUGUACCGUCUUUACUUGUAUAAAGCCUUCUCGUAUAAGGAAGACUUCCGUCGCCACUUGAUUUAUCUACUGUAUUUAAAUUUCAAAGUCACACAUAAAUUCAAGGUCCUGGAUUACCGAAGAAGAAUGUAAGUCCUAUAAAAUACUGAUUUCUUUACUCUGUAUUAUUUACGCUUGUUUUCUGUGUUUUCAGUCAAACGUUUUAUAAAAAAAGAAUAUUUUCCCGACGUCUUGCUUGCGUCAUAUUUGCCACUUUGCAUGCAAAUAGAAACGUAUUUCAAUGUACUUUUACUUAAUUAAUGCAUAUACAUUUUAUGUAGGUCAUUAGCGAUAUCGUUCAUAGAGGUGCAGUUAUGUGUUAUUAUGUUAUAUGUUAUCUUCUUAAAUAUGUUUUAAUUUGCAUAUAGCCAAUACGUUGAUUAAACAUUUUGAAUAAAGUAUGUCUAUUGUGACUACUUUGUUUUAAAAAAAAAAAAACAGUCGUUCAUAAAAUGAAGCCUAAACUUCAAUUGAGGUCGAGUAUAUAAAUGAAAGAAAAAAAGCAAAAACAAGAAAAACUAAACUAAGACUUUGUAUGACGGUUAUUCUACAAUAGUAGUUUUUCAUUUUAGGAACAGGUAUAAUUAAAAAUUCAACUGAGGAAUUGUAACAUUAUUGGGGGACAUGACGUUUACAAAAGCCAUUUCUGAAAACUAUACUUACGCUGUAUUAUUCUUUCAUAAUUCUUUUUCUUUCACAAAUUUUAUCAUAAUUAUGGAGUUGAAUGAAGAUCAAAAAUUCCCAUAGACAUUUCAUACAUUUUAAAUCACUGUUUUAUACUUUACGUGGAAAUAUCCAAAAUGUCAUACAAUAUAAAUUUUGCCAUUAAGCUUGUACCAAGUUUCACUUUUACCAACUACUAGUAUGUUAAGAAAUUUUAUGAGGUCUUCAGUUUAAUCCUCGGAUGUUUACCUGUAUGUGGGUUUGGCCCUUACCCUGCUAAAUUUCUAUAAUGAAUUUGUCCAUCUUUCAAUUUGGACGCUCAGUACCAUUUAGUGUUAAAAGGGGUGCUUACCAAAAACAUACUGACUGAAUGGCAAACAGUGCAGAUUAUGAUCAGACCGCACGGAUGUGCAGGCUGAUCAUGAUUUACACUGGUCGCAAAGGCUUAAUCAAUCGUGUCCAGCAUUAUAAGGGUUAGAAAUCAAGUUUUGCUUAAUAUGAUACACGUGUGACCUCUGGUCAAAACCAAAUACACCGUAAAGAUAUGGUUAAAAACUAGGUUAGAUUAAAUGUUUAGAUGUUAAAGUUGUUAUCCUUAAAGUUUUACUAUUACAAAUUAAACAGGAAUUAUAAUCGAGCUGCUGUGAAAUUCAACAUGACAGUUUCGAAGCAACAGACAAGCGAUCAUGCUCCAAAUCUCAGUCCUGACGAAAUAAUUGAUGAUAUUGGCGGAUGCGGGCCCUUUCAAAUUAGAAUGAGUAUUGUUGCUCAUAUAAUAAAGACUAUCGUCUGCUUCAGUUUUGCAGGAAUGAUUAUUUACACUGCCCCGCCUUCUUGGUGGUGCGAAAAUGAUCUCGUGCACUACAAUUUGACGUCAUGCUACAGUACAGAAAAUGGAUCGUCUUUAAACUAUUGUGAGUCACACUCAUGCUAUACAGCUAACGGAACACAAUGUACAUCGUAUGGCUUUGAAAACAGUUUAAAUACAAUAGUUAAUGAGUUCAAUCUUGUUUGUGCCCAAGACUUCAUUCCAAGUACAAUAAAUUCUGUUCAACUUGCCGGAAUUCUUUGCGGAAAUUUAAUGUCUGGUCAAAUUUCCGAUUUGUUUGGACGAAAACCACCGAUGUUUGCAUCCAUUGUUAUAAUUAUGGUAUCUAAUCUUCUAGGCUUUUUCUCAACGUGUUGGGAAAUGUUUGCUGUUGCGGUAUUUUUCACAGGGGUAGGAGGUGGUUUCUUUCUUACGACCCAUUACUGUCUUCUAUCCGAAUUUUCACCCGCAAAGUGGCGUGUAUGGAUCACGGGAUUCCCAUCUUGGCCGAUAGAGGGAUGUUUCCUUUCACUUGUGUCUUGGUUACUUCACGACUGGCGAUACAUUCAACUUUUUACCGCAAUCUUUGCGUUGCCAUGUUUGCUUUCUUGGUUCAUAAUUCCAGAGAGUUUCCGAUGGUAUGUAGCACAUGAUAAACCAGAAAAGGCAGAAGAAAUACUCAGAUACGUUGCAAAAUUCAACAAACAUGAAGACAUCAAUUUGCAUAGAGCGCUACGAAAGCCUGAAACAAGAGACAACAAAAGAUACACGGUUUUGGACUUGGUCAAAACCAAGACUUUGAUCAGAGUAACCCUGCUCUCAGCAUUAAGUUGGAUAGCUCUUGGCUUCUGCUCCUUUGGCUUAGCCUUUGGUAUCCAGUCGUUAUCGGGCAAUAUUCACCUGAACCUCUUCUUGUUCAGUCUAACCGGAAUUCCAUCUAAAGCUAUUGCGUUGUGGCUUCAAAACAGGUAACAGUUAAAACUUACAG